AUGUCUGCUCCCAGGCGCAGAAGGGUUGGACACCGCCGAAGGGUUGAAGAUGAGGGCGAUGACGAUGGUGGUCCUGACGCCCUUGAUCUUGAAGACGACUCUUUGAGCGAUGGGUCCGGGCUGACCGAUGACGAUGACCCGGCUGAUGACAGCGACACGAGCAACAUCGAAGACGAUGCAUCUCCCACUGCGGCCAAUCCCAGGAAGCCGGCCGGAAACGGGGCAAUUAAACCUGCUGGGAGACCUGCCUUGCCGAAUAAACCGCCAACGAAGGCGAUAACCGACGCCGAAAUGAUGCUGCAAGGUCUGUCGAUUACCGAUUCCGCUGAACCCGUUCAAGAGCUGCACUUUGACGAUAUUGCUGGCUCGGCGUCGCCCAAGAUUUCCCCGGAUGCACCGCUCAUUGUGAGUUCGGCUUCGGCCACUCGUCCCGCUCAGGAUACAGCCGGAGACCGCAGACGACGCGAGCAUGAAGAGUACAAGCGGCGUAGGGACGAAGAUCCCUCCUUCGUGCCCAACAGGGGCGCCUUUUUAUGCACGAUCACCGCCACGCUGGACCUGCUGGGAACGGCUUUCGCCCACAAACCGGUGCGCAUCUCUCUGCCCGACCACCCGCCAAAAUACAUCUUCCCGGCCACCGACCGAUCGUUCAUCUUUAUUCCGCGGGCGAUGAGACCCAACCAGAAGCCUGGCAUCCGCGGAGGCAAGGCGCCAAAGUCAGUCUUGGGCUCCGUCGGCGGAUGGUCCCGCCGAACGAGUGUCAUCGGGAGCUAUUACGGCGGCAGCACCUACUCUCCGAGCGUCGCACGCAGCCGCCGUUCAUCGAUUGCGCCGGAUGGCCGUGAUUACAUGUUCUCGCCCACCGGGUCCGUCGUCUCUCGAGCCGCUAUACCUCUUGACCCUUUGAGACCCGUUGUUCGUCUCCCACCCGCGGGCAACGUGCUCAUCCCUGAUGGCCCAGUUCAAAUGCCACAAAUGGACCGCCCUGUUGGGGAGUCUCUUAUCAACACAUUCCCUCCUCCCCAGACCCACCCUCUUCCUCAGAAGCCUUCUUUCCAGGAAACUCACCCCACUCCUAUCCCUAUGCACCAACCCCGCCCUCAAAAGACCGUCUCUGUGGCGGACAUUGAAUCCCCUACCUUGAACCAACACCCUUCCCAGCAGCAGCAGCCACCACAGCAGCAGCCGCCAUACCAGCAGGCUUUCCAUCAACAGAUGCCCAUGCAAAUGGCCAACGGUGGCCCACCAGAUAAUCACACGCGCAACCCCUCCUUCCAAUCCCAACACUCUAUCGGGACACCUCUUUCCCAGAUUCCCGAACGUGCUAUCCACGCAGCUCCCUUCCAGCCCAAUGCCUACCCCCAGCCGCCUUAUUAUAACCAGCCGUAUCCUGUAAUGCAAACCCAGCCGAAUUACUACUAUCCGGCUCAGCCGCCCUAUGCUGGCGGAAACCUACCGUCCCAGGCUUCGACCGCCCCGGCAUUUGCCAAUGCGCAAGGCCAGGGCCCCAUUGCGCAGGAGGUCAACGGAAUGGUUUACUAUUAUGACCCCUCCCAGAUGCAGGCGGUCAAUCCAUACCAAAACUAUCCAGGACCCCAGGGCUACGUCCCCGGCAUGGUCAGUAUGCCAGGGAUGGUGGCCCCCAACCCUGAAAGCUACUACCCCUAUCCUCAAACCGCCCAGGGUAUGGUGUAUUAUCCGCAAUAG